CGUUGCCUCUGCAGAUGUGGCGGCUGGCGCUGCACAUGUCGCCGGGCAGGGUAUAGGAGGAGAUGCUCGGGCGGCUGCUGGCUUUGUUGUCGCUUCUUCCACUCACUGCAUGGGCCAAAACUGUGCAUGGCAGCUUUGACAGCGCCCUGGCGUGGCACAGCCGCGGGCAGCACAUCUUCACCUUCCUAUUUCAUGGGGAACAGGCCGUGCUGCGGGUCCGGAUCAGCAAUGUGGCGGCAGCGGUCGGGAAGGAUGCUGCGCUGUGUCUGUAUCAGGAUGAAGAAUGGGUGAAGAUGCACAGGAGCCUGGAGGAGUACAGCUGUCCUGAGAGACUGGCGCUAGCACAGAUAACGAUUCCUUUGAACCAAACUGAAUAUAACUACACUCUGCCACAGAUCAUCUCUCCUGUGGCAUGGUAUGCCAUAUAUGUGGACAAAUACACCUGUCUCAUGAGCUAUGAGGACCCCAGGACAGACGAGAUCACGUUUCAAGUCACUUUGCUGAAUCCUGAUGCAGCAGGGAAUCCUUUUGAUCAUUUUGGGGCAGAUGAGUCCGGUCUCCAUGAGUUCUUUUUCCUGCUUGUGCUUGUGUAUUUUGUGGCUGCUUGUAUAUACAUCCAGGCCUUGUGGCAGACCAUUAAGAAAGGUGGGCCCAUGCACACUGUCCUCAAGGUGCUAUCAAAUGCACUAUUGCUGCAGGUAGUAUCUGCCUUGGCAAACUACCUACAUUUCUCAUGGUAUGCCAAAGAUGGCAAAGGAGCCCCUUUCAUUGGCAGUUUGGCAGAAUUAUGUGACAUAGCCUCCGAGGUACAGAUGUUAUACUUGCUCCUCAGCCUGUGUAUAGGUUGGACUCUCAGCAGAAUGAAGAAAUCUCAGGGGAGACCUCUUCAGUGGGAUUCUACACCCACUUCUACAGGAAUCGCUGUGAUUGCUGUCAUUGCUCAGGUCAUUUUGCUUGUUUGGGAACAGUUUGAAGACACCAAUCACCACAGUUAUCAUGCUCAUCAGAGCUUGGCUGGCAUACUCCUCAUUGUCAUGAAGGUUUGCUUGGCUGCAUCAUUGGCAUGUGGUCUGUACCAGAUUAUCACAGUUGAGAGGAGCACAAUGAAACGACAGUUCUACAUCACGUUUGCCAAAGGUUGUUUAUUAUGGUUCUUGUGCCACCCGUGUUUCGUUGCCCUCUCUUACUUGUUUAGAGAGUAUCAAAGAGAAAAGGUGAUCACUGUGGGAGUCAUCCUGUCUCAGUCUCUCUCCAUGAUUAUACUUUAUAGACUUUUCCUCUCACAUAGUCUUUAUUGGGAGGUAUCUUCUCUUUCAUCUGUGACCCUUCCAUUAACGGUAUCAUCAGGACACAAAAGUCGGUAUUACUCUUGAUGUCACCUGGAUGCUAGGUUUUGGUCCAACACAGAGCCUGCAAGGAUUCCUCCACCCUAUGGGGAAGAAGUAUACAUAAGCCUGCAUCCUCGGAUCUAACCUGGAUGAUUCUGCCCCUCCUAGAGGUGGUUGGGGCAGGCAUCUCUGAGGACACUACUUUGGGUCUCUCUAGUAGGAGGCAGCCAUUGAAUACUAGCAAGGACUCUGAACACUUGUGUACUGUACUGCUCCUUGUGUAUUUCAAAAGCUAAACCUUUUUGGUGCGGAUUUGUUUGCAGUAGUGGACUGAUUUUUACCACUAAAGUAAAUCUAGAUGAAGGUGCGUUCUCAUCUUUUUUUUAUAUAUGUGCAUGUUAUAGAAGUGUUUUUAUUUAUACAACUUGUGACUAUUGUAUGUGCGAUGUCUGAAAAAACGCUAAUGUUACUGGGGCAUAAAAUGAUUUUUAUUUUUUCGUAUUGUAUUAUUGAUUUUAUCACUCCAACACAAAAAAAAAAAAACAAAUUCUGUAAGAUUUCACUGCUUAUUGCAAAUGUCCCCAACCACUUUCAUUACCUCUGUCAAAUAAUGAGCUGAAAAUACUCUAAUAAACCAAGA